UAUUUCCCAGUCUUUGUUAAAUUUUAAUCCUUCAAGUUCAUGUUAAACCACGGAGGAGUGCCUAAAGAACGGGACGUUGAGUUCGAUUGUAAUGAGGAUCAUCCAGCUGAUCCAGAACCUAACAUCACCAUCAACUCUUACCUUACCUUUGAUACCUUAGAAGAAGCACUGGCCCAGCUCCGCAAACAGCCCAUUGGGGCGUCUUUACUUGAAUUUUCUGAACUUUGGAACCUCAAAAAGGAUGCCAUUUACUAUGGCCCUACAGAGGCAGAUUCUUAUUUGCUUGGUUACCACGGAGUCGACAUUGUUGACAUACAGUUUUACAAUAACGAAGUAGUUGCUCUCUGCAAAUUCAGUAACGGCACGCAUGUCGGUCGCGAUGGAUACUUCCGUGUCUCGCUAGGUACUCGGUAUAUGAUGAUCGGGUGUGAUGAGAAGAGUGCAGAGACUGUUCGACCAACGCCGACUCCAGAGCCAUUGCUAUGCAAUUUCAUCUUCCCGGUCAUACAUGAAACUCCAAAGCCCGAAGGCGAAGGCGAAGGCGAAGGAGAAGGAGAAGGAGAAGGAGAAGGAGAAGGAGAAGGAGAAGGAGAAGGAGAAGGAGAAGGCGAAGGCGAAGCUGAGAAGCAGGAACUUAAGAGGAAACGUGGUGAACCCACACACGAGAGGAAACGGCGGUGUACACCGAAGCGUCAGAACUUAAGAAGAAGAAGGCCGUUCCAUGACCAUGGAGAUAAGAAGAAGAAGCAGAUAAGUGGCUGAGAAGAAGAAGUGGCUGAGAGUGUGAGAGAGUGAGAGCUUUUUUUUUUUCUUUUUGACCCCUUAAAGCAUCUGUUAGCUAGUAAAGGGAAGAAACUAAUGUCUUUUGUCUCCUCUUAACUCAUCUCUCCUCGGUUAGGUUUUUGGCUGGUUAGAUCUUUUUUGAAAACUUGUCAGGAUUCUUAUGUGUCUGAGUAAUGCGAUUCUGCAAUAUGGCUACAUUAUUGACACUAAUAUAAUACUUCCUGGUGGAUGGUUUGACUCUGCA